AUGCGGCCAAUCCACAGUUGGAUUCUUCUCUUGUUGUUGCCAUGUAUGGCUGCGGCAGAAGAUCCGGUACAACAAGACUACUCUGGUUUUCACAAUCGAGAGAUUUUACUGGGACUUUUCCAAGCAACCAGCGGCUUUGAUUGGACCGAUUCUACCAAUUGGUUUCAGCAACGGUCCGAUGUUUGCAAUUGGAAGGGUGUCACGUGCUACACCCAGUUUGAAUCGGACGAACGGCGCAAUGGGCAAAUUCAACAAAUCAAUUUGAGAAAGAACAAUCUGAAGGGUACACUGCCGGCAAUGAUCUUUGAAAUACCAUUCUUGGAGACAAUUGAUGUAGACGACAAUCCUGAUUUGGACAUCGAUUUCUCUGGAAUUGACAAGGCGCAGUUUUUGAAAGAAUUGAGCAUGAGCGGAACCGACGUGAAGGAUCUAUCCAACAUUGGAGCGGCACCCAAACUAGAGAAUUUGCACAUGACAGACACGGGCUUUCGAGGCAAGCUUCCAAGUGGUUUGUUUCAACUCACCGAGUUGGUUGCAUUUUAUGCUAAUGGCAACUCCUUCACUGGAACGAUUCCCACCAGCAUUGGUGGUCUUUCCAAUCUAGAUGAACUUUACUUGUAUGAUAGUGAACUCACGGGACAAAUUCCAACUGAAUUUGGGCUUUUGACUGGUCUCGAGAUUCUGGCUUUGAGUCAGAAUGCGUUUGGGGGUACUUUGCCUUCGGAGUUGAACCGGAUGACAAAUUUGCAAUUGCUCUCCAUACAACGUGAGGAUGGAAAGGAAAAGGGCACUGGCAUCUUUGGACCGGUUCCUGCCUUUGACAAUCACCGAAAGCUAACAGCGUUGUACCUACAAAACCAAGCACUGACUGACAAUCUAGAUCAAUCCUUUCUUGCCAAUUGCCCAGCCGCCGAAAAAGUAGAGGUGAAUCUACAGAACAAUAAUAUUUCCGGAACACUCCCACUUUCUGUGGCGGAAAAGCAAUACUUGACCUUGAACCUUGCCAACAACCAAAUCACGUCGGUGCCCACAGAGAUUUAUGAUACAGUGAAUAAUCUUUGUCCCAAGAUCAGUGGAUGGAUGGACGGCCAAGUGGCGAAAGUUGGAUGCAACGGCUUUUUGUGUCCACCUGGUACUUGGGCUCCCGACGGUCAUGCCACAGCGGACAAUGCUUGUCGUUCUUGUAACAAGCGUAUUGGUGUUGUCGGCGGCAGCAGUCAACCAUGGGGAGCUACCGAAUGUGACGGAGUGACAACUCCUGACAGUGCGCUAGGUCUUCUUUUGACACUUGGAGAAUUCUACAAGGAUAUGGGCGGAGAGAAUUGGAAGAAUGACGAUGGCUGGUUGCAGGAUUCUAUUUCCGUACCGGUAUGCGAUUGGUACGGGAUUACCUGCGAUGAAUUUAGUUCUAUUCAAUCGAUCAAUCUUCGCAACAACGGCUUGACUGGGACUUUUUCUACGAGUGAUAUCUUUACAAUUCCAAAUCUUCGAAUCAUUAAUCUCAGUGCCAACUCGAUUGACCUCGAUCUUACAGACAUUGGAAAUGCCAAAAAUCUUCAAGUAUUGGAUCUUUCCAGCACGAAACUGAAGUUGUCCGCUUUGGAUGCCUUGAUUGAAUUGACGGAAGAACCCACAAUCACUAUGCUAUCACUGGAUUCGAACGACCUCGGAGGAUCUAUUCCAUCGGCAAUCUUUGCCUUGACGAGUUUGGAGGAGCUGAAAAUUUCACACACUGGCUUUUCAGGAACGCUCUCCAGCGAUAUCGGCAGGUUGACCAACUUGCAACGUUUGGAGUGCAGUGGCAACGACUUGACAGGCCAAUUGCCAGCAGCAAUUGGAAAUCUACGUAGUCUUCAGGAAUUCCUGGCGGGAGAAAAUGCGUUCGGUGGAACACUACCCACACAACUGAAUCAACUGACGGAACUGAGGAGCCUCGAGCUUCAGCAAGUCAUUGCAAGUGGUGGCAUUGACGGUCCGCUGCCAGCCUACGAAAGACUGAGACAGCUCACGUCCCUUAAAGUGGACUCUAACCAAUUGACGGGGAAUCUUCCAGCUGACUUUCUUGCCAACAGUGUCAAGGCUGAUUUUCGCAUUGAAAUUGGAUUGAGCCACAACCAGCUAGAGGGAGCAAUACCAAGCUCCUGGUCUCGCUUCAACAAUUUCUUUGUCAACCUAGUUGGAAACAAAAUUACAGAGAUCCCCAAUGAACUGUGUAACAUUGACAGUUGGAUGGACGGAGAUGUCGGGAAAUAUCAAUGUGACGCCAUUUUGUGUCCAAAGGGGAAAGCCAAUGCCAUUGGACGCAGGAGCAACGACCAAUCAGUGUGCAACAACUGUGAUGGGGGAGAUUACUUUGGAGCAACUACAUGUGGUGGAAAUUUUGGAGCGGAAGGAUUUGGCAGCGGCAACUUUGCUGCCGCCAAUCCAGAUGAUGUUACAGUGUUGUCAGAGUUGUUUUCCUCUACUGGCGGUACAUCGUGGAAUAGGAAAACGGGCUGGGGAGACACUGCCGACUACUGCAACUGGUAUGGUGUCGAGUGCGACGGCGGCAAGCGCGUUGUUUCCAUUGACCUCGCUGAAAACAAUUUGAAGGGCACUGUUCCGUCUUCGAUCUACGAGCUCGAACAUCUUCGAUCGCUCCGACUAUACAAUAAUGAAGUCGCAUUCACCUUUGUUGGCAUUGAAAAGGCCCCACUGCUCGAAAGUCUUGACCUUGGAGAGAUCAACCUGAAAUCUAUGAAUGGCAUCAGCGGCGCAUCCCAAUUAAAAACACUGCGACUGAACGGAAACAAUUUGGAUGGAGCGUUCCCUCCUUCAUUGUACCAACUUACUUCGCUUCAGGAAUUGGAUCUAGGAUCGAACAACUUGGAUGGCAAAGUUCCAAACGCAAUCGCAGCUUUGACCGGACUCACAGUGCUUCGGUUGUAUCAGAAUGCUUUCACAGGUCGAAUCCCGGCAGCUCUUGGAGAUCUAACAGGAUUGAAGGAGUUAAACAUGGCAGAAAACAACUUUGAAGGCACGGUUCCACAAUCACUGAAUGAUCUUUCGAACUUGAAAUAUCUCUCGCUUCAACGCGAAGGAGGCAUUACUGGGACGGAUGUUGGACUUGUAUCAGGUGUCAGCAGUGCCGUUGGACCGGGUUUGACCGGACCGGUUCCAUCGUUGAAGGGACUCAAAUCAAUCAGUGAGCUAUAUUUGGGUUCGAAUAGUCUUUCUGGUUCGAUUCCGUUUGAUUUUCUGGAUGGAGUGGAGUUCAAGACUGAACUGAUCAAGAUUGAUCUGACCUCGAAUCAAAUCAGCGGGACUCUGCCAGGGUCUCUCAGCCAAUUUGAUAAGCUGGACAUUUUUGUAGCCAAUAACGAAAUCUCUGGCAUUGCGGAUGCUUUGUGUGGCAAGUCAGACUGGAUGGACGGUGAUGUUGGAAAAUUCAACUGCGAUGGACUUCUCUGUCCUGCGGACAAAUACGCUCCAUUCGUUGGACGAAAGCAAGACAUUUCUAACCCAUGUCAAGGCUGUGCCACUGGCACGGAUGGGGUUUGGGGAAGCACCGAGUGCUUGACCGAUCAAGAAAAGAAAGAAGGAAAACAAAGAAACAUCCUCGAGAACUUUUACAGAGCCUGUAACGGUGACUUGUGGCUCCACGAUGAUGGCUGGUUGGAUCCUGAUGUUAGCAUCUGUGACUGGUACGGUAUUAAAUGCGAGUCGAAUGAGAACCCAAGCGUGGUGUCGAUUGAGUUGCAAAGUAACAAUCUUGAGGGCACGUUGCCAUCAGCGAUUUACACCCUGCCAACUCUCAAAGUCUUAAAUUUACAAGGCAAUCUGUGGUUCGAUGUCACAUUCGAUGGCAUCGGAUCAGCAACUUCGCUUGAAACACUCGACCUCGAGGAGAUGCGUCUCUUCGAUGUUAUGGGAGUCGGUGCAGCCAAGUCGUUGAAACGUCUUCGAAUUGGACGAAAUGAACUGGACAUUAUUCCUGACGAGCUUUUUGAUUUGACCAAUCUGGAAAUUCUUGAUAUGUCAGACAAUCCUUUUAAGGAAAACUCUAUGGCGAUCAAGUUUCAACUCCUUUCAAAGCUUACUUACUUGGGCUGUGCAUCGUGUGGAUUUACUGGAGAAGUGCCUUCAUACUUGGGUUCCAUGACUACUCUUGAGUACAUCGAUUUGGGCAGAAAUGGAUUCUCUGGACAAGUUCCUAAUGUUUCGCAACUCACAGAGCUCCGGCAUUUGGACCUUUCAGAUCAAGUUGCCAAUGGCUUUGGCCUCCACGGCGAAGUGCCAGCUUUUUUGGAACAAACCCAGCUGACUGAACUCUACUUACAGAAUAACGACUUGGUCGGUGCUGUCACUCCAACGCUGCUACAGAAUGUCGUCACCAAUGGGCUUGUCACAAUCGAUCUAAGAUCCAACGCAUUGACCGGAGUGGUGCCCACUGAAUUGUCAAGGUUUGACUUCCUCAACCUCUUCUUGGCAGGGAAUCAAAUUGGUGAACUCCCGGACAGCUUAUGUAACAAGAACAAUUGGAACGAUGGAAAUGUUGCAACUCUUCAGUGCGAUGCCAUCUUGUGCCCAACUGGAAAAUUCAACUCAUACGGAAGAGCGUUUGGUACUCUCACAUGCUCCGACUGCGAUGAAGCUAGCUUCAUGGGACAGACCUAUUGUGGAACAGCAAUCGAAAAGGCAGCGUUGGUAGAGUUCUAUCGUGAUCUGAAUGGAGCGAAUUGGACGGUGGACGAGAAUUGGCUACGCACGGACGACUACUGCACUUGGGCUGGAAUCACAUGUCACGAGGAUGGCCAAUACAAGGGACUUGUCAAGGAAAUUAAUCUUGCAGAUAAUUGGAUGAAAGGGAUUGUUCCUCAGUACAUGUGGAUUCAACUCGAAGGCUUGCAGGUUUUCAAUGUCCAGAAAAACUCAUUAACUCUGAACUUCCAGAAUGUUCAAGGGGCCCGGAUAUUGGAAACUGUCAUGGUUUCUGAAACAGACACGUAUGCAUUGGAUGGAAUAGGGGGAGCUUUUGGCUCGCUCCGAAACCUACAUGUAACAAAUGCCGCGUUGGCCGGUCCUAUCCCGAACGAGGUCUUCGCACUCACAAGACUACAAAAUCUUUACCUCAGUCACAAUGAACUGAGCGGAACGAUUUCGUCGAACGUUGGCCGACUCACAAACUUGGAAAAUCUAUACAUAUUCGACAACAAGAUGACGGGUACUCUCCCGCCUGAAUUGGGUUCAGUUGGUAGUCUCAAAGCCUUGUCUCUCGGGGAGAACCUGUUGACAGGAUCCAUCCCUAGACAAAUCUCAGGCUUGCCCUUGCUGGAAAUUCUCUCGCUUCAAAAGGAAGAGCCGCCGCCUUGCCUUGGAUUCAUUUGCGAGCCUUCAGGAAGUCAUGGUCUGACUGGAACUGUACCCUCGCUUCAUUCUUUACCUCGAAUCAAGGAAAUCUAUCUGGGCCACAACAGAUUCACAGGCACACUGCCACCCAACUUCCUUUCGGGAGUUACGGAUAAAAGCCAGCAAUUGUUUGUCGAUCUCAGUUUUAAUGCUAUCGAAGGCAGAAUUCCACCACAGCUGAAGGAUUUCGACGAUUUACAGCUGCUACUAUCGUCCAACUUGAUUGAUGAAAUCCCAGACGAACUGUGUAAUAAGAACAAGUGGUUCAACGGAGAAAUUGCGAAUGGUUGUGAUGCCUUCCUUUGUCCAGAGGGCACGUUCAAUGAAUUCGGUCGACGGGUCGAUUCUAAGACGCCAUGUGAAACCUGUACUUAUCCUGCAUCAGCAACUCUUUUCGGAAGCACAGAAUGUGGACCUGUUCUCGUUGAUUUUAUGAGCCAGCGCGAAAAAUUGAUGCAGCUUUAUGAUUCCACCAACGGUCUUUACUGGAAGAUCAGCGAUGGGUGGGGCAAAGAUCAAGUCGAUGAAUGUGACUGGUAUGGUAUCGAAUGUGAAGUCACUGCACUUGGAACGAAAGAAGUGACAGAGAUCAACCUUGCCGGUAACGAUCUCUUCGGUAUUAUCCCCUCCGUGUUAUAUCACCUGCCGGAUCUCCGAAAGCUUGACGUGCGUUUCAAUCAUGUGGAAUUGCAAUUCUUUGCAAUCUGGCGAUCAAGUGCCUUGGAAGAACUCUUGUUGGAUUUCACUGCGACUACCACUUUGGACGGGAUUGGACGAGCUACAGCGUUGAAAAAGCUUCAUUUACCUGAUUGCCCUCUAGGGUGGAAACCGAUUCCUGAAGAGUUGUACACUCUUGGUCUCGAAGAUUUGGAUCUCUCCAAUUCAAUGGUGACUGGGACUUUGUCGUCCGCCAUUGGCAGCAUGACUAUGUUGAAACAUCUUGCUUUGGAGUCGAACGCACUCAGUGGAGAAAUUCCAAGCGAAAUUGGUCUGCUCAACUCAUUGGAAGAGUUGGUGCUGUCGAGCAAUGACUGGAUGGGGCAGUUGCCUGAUAUGAGUGGGAUGACAUCACUGAGAGGCUUGUACGUUGACAAUACCGAAGGUGAAGGGGCAGGUUUGACAGGGUCACUACCCGCAUUCUCCAACAUGCCAAAAUUGAGUGAAAUUCACCUCCAAGACAACCAGUUCACUGGCUCCAUCAGUGAGAACUUUUUGGCACAGACCAAUACAAGCUACACCAUCAAUGCACAUCUCAACAAGAACGCCUUGGUCGGCACGAUUCCAUCCGUGCUUUCAAGAUUCCGAGAAAUGAAUAUCUAUUUGGCCGAUAAUCUCAUUACAGCGAUUGGAAACGGUCUUUGCGACAAAUCCCAAUGGAUGAGAGGAACUGUUGGGUCCUAUCAAUGCGACGCUAUUCUGUGCCCGCCAGGUCAAUUCAGCGUCUCGGGACGAAGAGAGAGCGACUCCAUCUUUUGCGAACCAUGUCCUGGAGCAGAAGAUUCGAAGAUCUUUGGCAAGUCCUUUUGCUUGGAAUACGAAAAGGAAAGGGAAAAAACUGUGCUGGAAAAGCUAUUUGAAGAAACGGGUGGAAUGUCAUGGCGUAACAGGGAUCGUUGGAACGAUGAAGGCUUUGACUAUUGCACUUGGCAUGGAAUUUCUUGUACUCCCGAUAACCUGGUCCAAGAGAUUGUUCUUGGUAGCAACAACCUAGUUGGUACCUUGCCAAUCGAAAUUUAUGAGUUUUCCAAGCUGAAGAAUCUAUGGCUAUAUUCUAACUUGAUUGACGUGAGCUUUCAAGGGAUUGGAAAAGCCACCAAUCUCGAGAGUUUGAUAUUGGACUCGACCAAAAUCACAUCAUUGUUUGGCAUUGGAAAGGCAGUGUCGUUGAAGGAGUUGGAUAUUCGAUUCAACAAUCUCAAAGGACCAUUCCCCGCGGAGAUUGAUCAAUUGUACAAUUUGGAAUCCUUGCUCUGUUCCGACAAUGAUUUUACUGGAACAGUGCCCAAUCUAUAUCCACUUCGCAACUUGAAAAAGUUGCGCAUGGGCAGCAAUGAAUUCUCGGGACCUAUGCCAUCCUUUUCCACCCACCAAUCUUUGGAAACAGUCGAAUUGGCACACAAUCAAAUCACAGGAACCAUUCCUCCAACCAUGUUCAAUGUGGCCCUUUAUAACAUGAGCAUGUACUUGGAUGUUUCCGACAAUUCCUUGACGGGUGGAAUCCCAGCAGAUCUCGCUCGAUUCUCGGACAUGACGAUUCUACUACGGAACAACCAGAUUGAUGAAAUUCCUCCUGCUCUUUGCAACUUGAACGAGUGGAACAGUGGCGACGUGGAAGCCUUUGGCUGCGACGGCCUCUUGUGCCCUCCAGGAUCGGCCUCGCAAAUGGGACGAGCAUCUCGCAAGCAAGAUUCCGAGUGUGUCUCCUGCCCAUCGACUAAGUCGUUUGGGCAAACGGCAUGCAGCUUGUCGAGUGGUAUCACUACUCUGUCUUGGUUGGCUGCCACCACGACAUUGAUCAUGAGUCUAUGCUGGCUCUAA